UGCGCAGCCGCAGACCGCGUGACGAAGAUGGUGCUCAUUAAGGAAUACCGUGUUGUGUUGCCGGUCUCUGUGGAAGAGUAUCAAGUAGGGCAGCUGUACUCUGUGGCCGAGGCCAGUAAGAAUGAAACCGGAGGAGGCGAAGGCAUCGAGGUGUUGAAAAAUGAGCCUUAUGAAAAGGAAGGCGAGAAGGGACAAUACACACAUAAAAUCUACCAUUUAAAGAGUAAAGUUCCAGGAUAUGUGAAGAUGAUUGCACCAGAGGGAGCAUUAGUUUUUCAUGAAAAGGCUUGGAACGCUUACCCAUACUGUCGCACCAUUGUGACGAAUGAGUACAUGAAGGACGACUUUAUGAUAAAGAUCGAGACAUGGCACAAACCGGACAUGGGAACAAUAGAAAACGUCCAUGACCUGGACGAGCAGACGUGGCAGACUGUGGAGGUCGUGCAUAUAGAUAUUGCAAACAAGGAAGAAGUGGCUCUUGGAGACUACAAGCCAGAAGAAGAUCCAGCUCUUUUCCACUCAGCUAAGACCAGCAGAGGACCUCUGGGUCCUGAAUGGAAGAACGAGCUGAAGUCAGACUGUCCUUACAUGUGCGCUUACAAACUGGUCACAGUCAAGUUCAGGUGGUGGGGUCUGCAAACUAAAGUGGAAAACUUUAUCCACAGGCAAGAAAAGCGUAUUUUCACCAACUUUCACCGUCAGUUGUUCUGCUGGAUCGAUAAAUGGGUCGGUUUGACUAUGGAGGACAUCCGGCGGAUGGAGGAGGAAACUCAGAAAGAGCUUGAGGAGCUGCGUAAAACAGGUCCGAUUCGAGGCACCAGUGCUGCUUAUGAGCAGUGAGGCAAACCAACCACACCCCGUCAUGAUGAUGUCAUCAGAGACACCCCACCCUGCUGAGGAAGUGCCCCUGAUGUCGCCUCUUCAUGUCCUGUCUCCUGUGGUUCAUAGUGGGGGGGGGGGGGGGUGUCCUACUUUAAUCACAGCCUCCUGUUCAGUAAACAAAUAAGUGUUUGAAAAGAAAAAAAACAACUUUGCACAGAAAACUUGCCUGUAAAUGUUAGUUGACUCUUCUGAUGGGCUUUGUUUUUUAUUCAGGACUUUUAAAUUUGAAUGUUUUUAGCUUCACACAUUUCAAACCAUAGAACGGAUCAUCCGAGUUCAUAUCGGAUCGUUUGUCUGCCCUGACCCGUAACACCUAAUUUAAUCCACGUCUGUACUUUUGUCCUUGUGGACGUCCGUCUGUCUGACACUCAGUUUGACCGGCGUCGAGAACGUUGCCUCGCGCCGUCGCUGCAUGGCCUUUCUUCAUGUCGAGGGCUCUCACCGGGAGCUUCACGUGGCCUCCGAGACGAAACUAAAAAGAAACGGUGGAAAGGGAGUGAGAGCAGUGCUGCAUGCAUGGAUCAAGCUCUUUUUUUAAUAAUACUUUAAAUUUUCUCAACAGAGUAAUGAGUUCAGGCGUUU